AUGUCUCUAGAACCUGGCGCCGAAGAUUACAUUGCAGAGGAUUUUUCGAUCCACCGAGAUGAAAAUCGAGAAAGGGCUGGAUCUCAUGUGAGAUUUGACCUGUCAACCUCCGACAACAGGAACUCCAAAUCUUUCAGACAUAUCGCCAAUCUCUAUGAUUCUGUUGCUGGUCGCGUCAACCUCAAUGGAUUCCUGGCACCGAGGGCGACACGGUGGGGCGAUACACAGUCUUCAGGUGGUCGCGAUCUCCGCCCCGAAGAGGUCUUGUAUCGACAUAUGCCGCAAAAGUUGAAAAGUAUUGAGGAGGAUGAAUCUACGUAUUUCGCACAUGAAAAUCUCCCCGCCGAUCGCCCUCUCCCGAGCUCCGAAAUUUUGACGGCAGUGCACGCCUAUUCCUCCGAUUUUUAUACACACAAGCUUCGCGACAGUGGGAAACACAAUUUCUACAGUAUGGACGAGUCUGCUCUCCUUGCAGUCGGGAUUCUGAUGGAGGAGCUGGCCAAAGAACAGCUUGGGGAAAACGGAGACAUGGUUCUGACAGAGGAAAUGUGGAAUAGUGAAGAUGAAGGCAAUGACCCCCGGUCUUCGCGAAAGAGACUGAGGGCAAGUACCAUUGAAGAUGUUUCCGCCCUGAACCAGGACACGCGGGACGCAGUGGAGAAGGGCGAGAGUCACAUAUUACCCCAGACAGAGCAUGAAAUUAUACUGGAGGAGACACAAAGAAGUGGUUCUCCGCAGAAAAAGCAGAAGAGAAAGGGGCCUGCCUGA